CCUUAUUUAAAAUCGUACGCUAACGAGCAGAAGAGAAUGCAUAAAGAGCAGGAACGGCAUAGAAAGCAGAAAAUAGGAGAGAUAUAGAGAAUCGAGAGAGAGAGAGAUGGAAUUUGGGGUUGUUGAAAAGAUUAGAUUGGGCGCGGAUGAAUUUGAAUCAUCAUCGUCUUCUUCUUCUUCUUCUUCAUCAGUUAAUUUCUGUAGAAUCUGCCAUGAAGAAGACGAUGAGAACUCCUCCAGCUUGGAAUCUCCCUGUUCUUGUUCUGGAACUCUCAAGUUUGCUCACAGAAGAUGCAUACAGCGGUGGUGUGACGAGAAAGGGAACAACGUUUGCGAGAUCUGUCUCCAGAAAUUUGAGCCAGGCUAUGUUGUCAGUCUUCCACAACCUGCUAAGCCCCAUUUAGUUGAUGUUGUUUUCACCAUAAGAGAAACCAUCGAGGUGGCCAGGCACAACUAUGACCCUGAGAAUCAUACUGUAUUGGUUAUCACCAGCAAUGAACCUGAAAGAGUAUCCGAUCGUAGUGUGACAUUGUGCAGAUUAAUAGUUUUAAUGUUUACAAUCAUUCUCUUAGUCAGACAUCUCUUCGCUUUGCUAUCUGGUAAUGCUGAAGACUAUGCAUUCACUCUUGCUACAGUAUUUGUUCUACGAGCAGUGGGUAUUUUGUUGCCUUUCUAUUUGGUGAUGCGUCUGAUCACUUUCAUCCAGAACGCACAAAAACUUCAGCUUCAUGGCAAUGAGGUAUCAGAAAUCCGGUUAGUGGAAGAAGAUCUGGAGCAGCAAUAGGAAGGAAUCAGAUAAAGCUCUUGACAACAAACCAAACAUGUUUAUAGAACAGAAAAGUUAAUUAGAAGAAAAAAUUGUCAUAACAGAACAACUGAAAAGCUUUACAUCUAUUGGUUAAGUCUCAGUGUCCCUUGGAGGGUGUAAAUUGAAGAAUUCCUUUCUGAUUGAUUCAUAUGCUUACAGUGUAAAAUAUUUUCUCUCUAACAACUGCAGCCUUUAUAAGAUAUGUAUUUACAAACAUUAUUGAUUUUUAAUGAAAAAAUCUUUCAGAAGAUGGCUGCCAUUAUCAGAGCAAAAAGUAUC